CCUCGUUCAACACUUGGGAUACUAGCAGUGUUAUUGUCUGGUUGUCAAUAGACACGAACGAGACACAAGAUCUCUCCAUCGCUGUAACCCUUGUGGCCUAAAUCUUCCUGUGUCUGUCAUUCGAGGUGACACAGACACAGACACAUCCCCGCCUUUCAAGGUUCCUAGGUUCCUAUUCCCAAGGGCCUCGAUUCUCCGCCGACCGACCUAUCGGAUACCCUGCCUCUACGGAGUACAUCAUUUACAUCCACAUUGACGUCCCAAGUCCCCCAACCGAUCUACCUACGCCUUGGUCUAGCGACACGCGAAUAUUCCAACUGGCUUCCUUCUUUUCGAUUUCCUCAACGCCUUCGCCUCGUGGCAUCUUUAUCUCCCUUUCCAUCGACGAACUACAAUCCCAUUCGUUCGCAUCCAAGCUGUAUGUGUACAUGACGAUAACUCGAGUCACGGACUUCAUCCCGAUUCCCAUAUAAGCCCCCGGGCUGCAUUGACCAAGCUUCCUGUCAUAAGCCAACCUACACAGGGAGCCGCCAUGGCUGACCCUCGAAUACAUCCGGGCUCGACUACUCGUCGGGCUCGAAAUGCUGAUAUUGGUCAGUUCAUCAUUGGUUCCGAGAUAGGCAAAGGUAGCUUCGCCCAGGUAUAUAUGGGCAAGCACAAGGUAUCCGGCGCUUUGGUCGCGAUCAAAUCCGUCGAGCUCGCGCGGUUGAACAAGAAGCUGAAGGAUAAUCUCUAUUGUGAGAUUAAGAUUCUCAAGAAUUUACGACACCCACACAUCGUCGCCCUUCAUGACUGCAUCGAGUCCACGACCCAUAUCAACCUUAUUAUGGAAUACUGCGAGCUGGGAGAUUUAUCAAUGUUUAUAAAGAAGCGAGACAGCCUCAUCACAUUUCCUGCGACUCGCGAUAUGGCGCGAAAGUACCCCAGCACUCCCGGUGGUGGCCUUCACGAAGUUAUUAUCCGCCAUUUCCUUAAGCAACUUGCCAGCGCCUUACAAUUUCUUCGGCAAGGCAAUUUCGUCCAUCGAGAUAUUAAACCCCAGAAUCUCUUGCUGCUUCCGUCACCGUAUUUUAGAGAGGCAAACAACAGCCGUCCGAUUCUCAGUGCUAGUAACGAUUCGUUAAUACCGGCUGUUGGGCUACAAUCGAUGCCCAUGUUGAAGCUAGCAGAUUUCGGCUUCGCCCGUGUCCUGCCAGCAACGUCUCUAGCCGAGACCCUUUGCGGGUCUCCUCUCUAUAUGGCGCCCGAAAUAUUGCGCUACGAGCGAUACGAUGCAAAAGCAGAUCUAUGGUCUGUUGGCACCGUCGCAUACGAGAUGAUAUGCGGUAGGCCGCCAUUUCGAGCUAAUAACCACGUUGAGCUCCUGAGGAAAAUUGAGAGCACCGAUGCGUAUGUCAAGUUCUCAAAAGAUUGCCAAGCGAGCCCGAAUAUUAAGGCAUUGAUCCGUGAGCUUUUGAGACGUAGACCUUGCGAAAGGUUAAGUUUCGAGGAGUUCUUCAGUCAUGAAGUCAUUUCAGACGAAAUACCGGGUUUGGUUGAGGAUGACAUACCUCAAGUUAGGAGAAAUCCAUCAAAAGAAGUUCGCGCUACCUCGCGAACUGACGAGUCUGAUCUAAUCCCGCGACGCAUGUCAACUCAUCGUCGUUAUGCUACUGAAACAGAUGCGGUACAUCAAGAGAAUAGCUCUUCGUCGCCUCGCGAAAGGCCAUUAAGAUCCUCGCCUCUGGCGUCACCGGCCGAGUUCGAGAAUUCGGAUCCACAACUUCAAGGCGGAUCGCGCACAAACCAACCCCCUCGAGACGAUAUUGCUCCGGGGCUUGGUAUUCGACGGCCGCAGAAUGUACCCUCCACUUCCGUACCUACUCGGGGUGCCUACGUUGAAGACCGCCGACAGCGCGGAUUAUUAUCCAAUGCCUCGGUCAACAAAAAUUCGCAUGGCCAAUCUCCACCGUACGAAGAAACUAGGAGGGUUAAGAGUAGGUCAGAGCGUUCUGCGAUAGAAGAAAGAGCUGCACAGGAGAUUGCUUUUGAGCGUGACUAUGUUGUGGUAGAAAAGAAGCAUGUAGAGGUGAACGCAUUUGCUGAUGAGCUGGCUGCAAAGGGAGCCCAAGCGGAGGCCUCAUCUCCCAGGUCAGGACAAAUCAUUCGGCGUGCUACUCAGCAAGGUGUGCCAACGUCGACGACGGGCGCAAUUCCUGCUCAGCCGUCUAGUGCGCUUCAGAUCGCACAAGGCAGGCAACGACCUGAUCAUUAUCGACGAGGUUCCUACGAGAAGAACUUGUCUGGUAGUCCUGGUUCUACCACAUCCGCCAUCUAUAACGCAAUUUCAGAUGCGAGCUUGAGGAUUUUCGGCUUCAAGUAUCCGACGCACUUGCUUGGUAAAGGCACAUCGCCUCCAAACCCCUACAAUGCAUUUCCUGCGUACCCUACACCAGCCGCUCCUACCGGCUACAUCACGGACGGACGCCAGGGCGGUCCCAUCGAUGAAGACUUACGUGUUGCUCAGUGCAUCGAAGAUCUGGCGUCGCGAAGUGACGUUGUCUGGGGUUUUGCUGAAGUGAAGUAUAAGCAGUUAGUACCGUUGGCGCCUUCGAUGGACCAUGGCUUGGGCGGAGUGCCCGCCGAGAAGAUGGUCUUAGAAGAGGACGAUGGUUUAACUGUGGAGGCCAUUGUAUCACUCUCAGAGGAGGCUCUAGUUCUCUACGUGAAAACCCUCUCGCUUCUUGCUAGGUCUAUGGAUAUCGCAAAUAUCUGGUGGACGCGCAGGAAUCGUAUUGAUUCUAGCUCUACUCAACACGUCAUUAAUCGCGACGCAAUUAGUGCUCAGAACCUAAUAACGAGGGUCAAUUCCGCCGUCCAAUGGGUCCGUAGACGGUUUAACGAGACAUUAGAGAAAGCUGAGGUGGUACGACUGAAGCUCCUCGAAGCUCAGAAGCAGCUUCCAGAGGACCACCCAAGCCACCCAGCAAACAAUCAACUUGAACUCCUUCCGGCUGGCACCUCGAGCACGGAGGGUAUUGUGUUAACAGCAGGUCUUAGCGCUGAAAAGCUAAUGUACGAAAGAGCCCUCGAAAUGAGCCGCGCCGCUGCUAUCAACGAAAUUGCCAACGAGGAUUUAACUGGAUGUGAACUCUCGUAUUUGACUGCCAUUCGAAUGCUUGAAGCAGUGCUUGAUAACGAUGAGGACCUCUCAAAACGUAGACUUUCCGGAUCUUCAAAGGCCGAACGCGAUCCGAUUCGCGAGAGCGCAUCCGAUAUCAAUCCGGAUGAUCAGCAAGCUGUUCAUAAAAUGAUCCAAAUGAUCAACGGCAGACUUACGGCCCUCCGAAAGAAACUACAGAUGAUCGCCAAUGCUUCGAAAGCCCAACAAGAUCUAUCCCGAAAACGUAGCGGUGAUGUUACACCGCGGAGUGUUCCCAUCGGUGCUUGAUCACCUAGAAAGACACCUUUUCUCACGACGUAUGACGACACGUAAAAAGAUUGCACUACACCUAUUCAAGCCCCGCGGCCCUUUAUAAUUUGUUUAUU